GGUUCCCGGGGGGCGAUGGCGAGGCAUGCUGGGGCUUGUAGUCCGACGGCGGUGUGGAGGGGUGCACAGGGAAUGCUGGGAGGGGCAGUCCUGCGCCCCGGGAGCCUGGCGGGCGGGAGAGGAGCAGCGGACUCGCUUUCCCAGGCUGCCCCGCGGCCUCUCUGUCUGCGCCGCGAAGGGAAGAUGGCGGCGCUGGUGGUUUUCUGGUCGCCGGCUCGCGGGCUGAUGCAGCGCUGCUGGGGGCAGCUGGAGCGGAGCCUCCGGCGGGGGCUGCCCGGCCCCCCCUGGGCACCAGCAUUAGCUGUUCAGGCUCCAGCUACUCUUCCUGAUCCACUGGAAGAUAUUAGGGAAGAAAGUAACAAGGCUCCAAACUUUUUAGAUAGCAUCUUUUGGAUGGCAGCUCCCAAGAAGAGACGUACCAUUGAGGUGAACCGCUGCAGACGAAGAAACCCUAGUAAACUUAUAAAACUCAAGACAAAUAUAGAUGUUUGUCCUAAAUGUGGCAAUCUGAAACAGAAGCAUGUCCUUUGUGGCUAUUGUUACAAAAAAAUUAAAAUGGAAACUGGUCUCAUAAGGAUCCAAAUAAAGGAAAAGGAAGCAGGGCCAUUUAAUGCUCCCACUGUAGAGACUGUAGUCUUGUAUGAGGGAGAGAAGCCCACAGAACGAGAUGAAGGCAAGCGGAUCAUUGAAAGAAACAGAAAACGUCCAAGCUGGUUCACACAGAAUUGAUUCCACGGAACUAUAGAACUCCAUGUUGUCAAACAGUUGAUACUGCAGGAAAGAAGAAAAUGUUUAUCAAGAACAUUCAGUUUUUUAGUUCAUUUAAUGCUAAGAUGGGAAGCUGUCACCUUUUGGAAAACCUACUUCAAAAGCAUUUCCUUUAUGUGGGAUUGAAUGUGUGGCUGUGGGAAACAUCUGAAUGUAAUAGCAUCAUAGUUGAAAAAAGAGAGAGAAAAUCAGGAACAAUUUUAUGUUGAGGUAUACACUUAUUGCACAUUAAGUGCAACAUUGCUUUAAUGCUAUACUACUGUAAAUGAUUUUUUUGUAAUGGAAUAAUGUGAAAUAUAUUCACAGCUGUAAAAUAAAGUAUAUUAAGUUCUGUA